UUCUGUGUCGGCCAUUUUGUAGUUUCCUUGAGAAAUUGUGUUGAGUUGAUUCAUCUUCUCGGUAAGAAUUUUAUAAAAUUCUAAAACGGUGCGAAUCACAUUGAUCCAAAUGAUGUAGAGGAUUGAGGGCAGAUGCUUAUGGCUAACUAUUCAUAGCUUGAGAACGAGGAAUAAGGUUGCGUUUUUUGCGCACAACCGUGUGCGCUCACGGUACUUACACCCGAAGAACGAGCCAGUAAACGAAGCUGCCGAGAACACCUAUUGAUAAAGGCACAUGGAAUCCGGGAUUGUUUCGGGAUGAAUGGUGAUUUCGGGUACGUGUACAUGAAUGGGGACAUUGGGAAACUCCCACCAGGGGCGGUUUAUCCAGCCACCCCUGAACCUUUGGGUUCAGUUGGGGGUGCAAUUGGGAAUACUGCAUCCAAUUUGGAAUAUGACGUCAUGAACGGUGCUCCAAGUGGAAACGAGUUAAUAUUGGAGGCAGGUGUUGGUAACCUAGAGCCCUCGCCGCAGCAUGCUAUAGGUAUAGGAGGUGCUGUGGGUUAUGGUCCAGUGGAUGUUGCUGCUUUAGGUGAUGUGCCAAAUCCACCUGCCCCAAUGGCUGAUUUAUCUACGCCCGGUAUACCUUUGGAACAACUGAAACAGAUGCUCUCUUCGCAACUUGAAUAUUAUUUCUCCAGAGAAAAUUUAGCUAAUGAUACAUAUUUAUUAUCACAAAUGGAUAAUGAUCAAUAUGUACCAAUAUGGACAGUAGCAAAUUUUAACCAAGUGAAGAAAUUAACAAAGGAUAUAAAACUUAUAACAGAAGUUUUGAGGGAAUCUCCCAAUGUGCAAGUUGAUGAAGAGGGGCAAAAAGUAAGACCUAACCAUAAACGAUGCAUUGUAAUUCUUCGUGAAAUACCAGAUAGCACUCCAUUGGAAGAUGUGAAGAACUUAUUCUCUGGAGAAGGAUGUCCAAGGUUUAUUUCAUGUGAAUUUGCCCAUAAUAGUUCUUGGUAUGUAACAUUUGAAUCCGAUGAAGAUGCUCAGAAGGCCUAUAGGUUUUUACGUGAAGAAGUUCGGGAAUUUCAGGGAAAGCCAAUAAUGGCAAGAAUUAAAGCUAAACCAAUGAAUAGGCUACCAAUACCAGCAGUUGCUGGAGUGGGUGGUAUUAAAAAUGGUUAUAGAACUCCACCACCACCACAGGUUUAUGAUCCAAACAGCUAUACAGCUGGUCAACAACGCUUCCUCUUUACAAAUGGUACUACAAUGCCACAAACCACUAUACCGCCAUAUGCCAAUCAAGUUCAUCUAUACCAUCAACCAUUUUAUCAUGCUGGAAUUAUGCCAUGGGGACCAGCAAGUCCUGCUUAUUUCGAUAUGUCUGGUGUUUUUACAAUGAAUGGUAUGACACCACAUAGUACGUUUAAGCCACACAAUACAAGAUACAAUCCCCGACACAGAAAUAAACAAAGAAACGGGCCUGAAAGACCAGCCUUGAUGGAUGGCGGAGGGAACAUGGUGCCAGUGGGACGUACCUCGCAUCCACCUAUAAGUGGAGCACCACUAUCUAUAGGAGCAUCAGUUUCAACCUUUACUUCGAGCUUGCCUACAGUGAAGCCGACUUCUUCUUCCUACCAGACCGGCACAAAGUUCCAUUCCUCGCAUACAACUAUGGUAACAGGAGAGACUCAAUAUAAUAGCAGCCACUCCAAGGGGUCGCAGGAGAACGAUGCUCAAACUCUGGACUCUGGAGUUCAAUUUCCGCGUCAUCGUAUGCAUCGUAGGACCAAAGACCAAGAAUCAUUGUCCAAGGCUAACAGUAGCCCUUUACCAUCGAUCAGAGAAUCUACCCCGGCCAGUAAUAAUAACACACAAUGUAACCGAGGGGCACAAUUCGAUUUGGAAGCUUCUGCUUUUCCUCCUCUUCCUGGCCUAGAUGCUGAUCUUGCAAAAUCCCAUAAUGCUUCGGUAGAAACUAUUGGUACCGAUUGUACGCAAUCGCAGAAUAGGCUUUCAGAUGUAGUCAAAGGUACUGCAAAAUUAAAAAGCGUUAAAGAAAAAGAACCUGCAGGAAUUUCGCAACAAUAUCAUCAACAACCGACAAGUAACAGCAGUAGGUCUGCGAGCCCAGGGUCAAGUGCUGGUGGUCAUAUUGGUUCGCUAGAGGCUCCGACUGGUUCUGGCAGUGCAUCGACCACUCCCGCUACAUCUACAAAUACCAGCUCUAAUGCUUCUGCUAGCAACAAUGACUCCACAGACAUCGCUCUCAGCACCAUCACUCUCACUCCCCCGUCAUCUCCUGAUAAGUUUAGUCCUUUAUUAUUGAAAUGCACCGCUGACAGAUCUGUAAAGACUGACGAUACGAACAUGGUGAAUGGAGUGGAUGAGGCUGUUUCAAAUGCACACGCAGUGGAAGAUUCUGAACAAGUGAUUAGGUGCGAAUGUAAUGUCCCUACUGCCUCGCAAAAUUCCCAGUUACAAGUGGGAGUGACUUCUACCUUCCCUCUAGAUCUUACGAGGCCGAGCUAUGCCCAAGUAGCACAACACUGUCGUGAACUACCUUGUACAAAACAUAAGACGGAUGAAAGGGAUGGAAAUGUGUAAAUCAAUAUUGAAAUAAGCGCCUUUACAGAUACUACCGCAAUGAAUUUCAAUAUUUAGCUGUUAUUCUUCAUCUGGAUUGUAUGGAUUACGUACCACUGUUUUUAUCCUACACUGGAUAUAGUGGGUAUGAAGAAAACUUUUUACAUUGUACAGUGACUUCGCCUACAAUGAAUGUGGUAUCGAUUAACUAUGAAUCAUAAAAAAUUAUUUGAAGAAACUCUAAUUCGCCGCAUAUUUUAAAAAUUCGUUUGCUGGCAGGAUAAUACAUUAUGUAGAAGAGUAUUGUUAUUGCUUUGGUUCUGUGAUUUUGGAGGUACAUAUUUGUUAGCUUGUAAAAAUGUUAAACUAAGGUAUUAAUCUUUUAAUUCCUUUCUCCUCUCCCCUUUCAUAGCACAGGGCCGUAACUGGGAAAUGUUUAUCUUUGUGCCAAACCUUGCUAUGUGCGUACAGCUUAAUAAAUGUUCAGAGUGCAACGAAACUUAUUCUCAAACAGAAUUCUAAGUAAAAUAAAAAUGAAAAAAAAAAAAAAGAAUGUAAUUUCCAAA